AGACUUUGUAAACCUGUGUGUGACAACACAGACACUCGCUAUUUUCGGCGUACAUCGGACGUUGCUCGCGUAGUAUUGUUUAAUCGCAAAAUAUAAAUUUUGGCGAUCUAAAUUUUUAUAAUUAGAUUAGAAGACAAGAUUUAAACAUGGCUAUUGGCGCAGGGAUGUCGUGUGUGAAAUAUCUGCUGUUUUGCUUCAAUCUUUUGUUCGCGAUCACGGGUCUUAUAAUCCUGAUCGUGGGCAUCAAAGCAGAGAUAAACUCCUCGCCGUACAUAGACCUGACUGAUGAGAACUUCUACACAUCUGGGCCCAUUGUCCUGAUCAUUGUUGGAGUAAUUGUGUUCAUAGUGGCCUUCUUUGGAUGCUGUGGUGCAGUUAAGGAAAAUCACUGUAUGAUUGUUACUUUCUCAGUGUUCCUGCUAGUGAUCUUCGUGGCUGAGCUGGCUGUCGGCAUCGCAGGAUAUAUGAAGCACCAGGACUUGGAGAACUCCAUAGUGGCCCACUUGAACAAGACCAUCAAGGAGUACCCCACUAACAAGGACGUUGCCAAGACCUUCGACAUUGUGCAGACUGAUUUGCAAUGCUGCGGCAUCUACAGCCCCAACGACUGGGCUGCCAACAACAUCAGCAUGCCCAGCACCUGCUGCUCAGGCCAGGAGAUCAGCGGUGGAGUGCCCGCGCCCUGCACCGACAAGUCCGAACACUUCCACACUGAAGGCUGCCUUGAUAAACUCGUUACUUACUUCAGGGAUAUUGCUAUGGUGCUCGGAGGGGUCGGCAUAGGAGUCGCUAUUGUACAGCUGCUGGGUGUAAUAUUCGCAUGCUGCCUCGCUCGCUCCAUCCGCAGUCAGUACGAGACUGUAUAAGCAAAUUCAGCGGUAUUUUUAUAUUAUCCCUAGAUCUAGUUCAUAGCAGUGCCCAAUAUUUUCCACAAAUACCUACUUCAUUUUAUUUAACUAAGUUGUGAUCAAGUACACCUCUACGAUUCUUUGUAUAUUUUGAAGUAAUUAAUUUUAUUAUUGUUAUUAUUCCAGAUAAUUUGUUUAUUUUAUUGUAAGAUUUAAUGUUUACAUAACUUGUAAGUGCUAGUAACAGAAGGUACUGUAUUUUCAAUAUAAAAUGCGUGUAAUCUUAACUUUGCCAUAUAUAUUUGCAAUUAAUGGGAGUGAUAAUGAUAAAGCACAAUGCACAGAUUUUUCAAGUUCACAAUCAAGUGUGCUCAGUGUAGAAGACUGAUUUUUCGAAUAGAAUGGAUACAUUAUGCCAAAAACCUUAUCGGAAUUUCCUACUUUUUUAUACUUACGUAAAAUCUCAAUUCAACUUUAUAGUAUUAAAUAAUGAUUGUACCUUUUACUAUUCAUAUUUAACCAAUGUAGAAGUGGUGCACAUUUAUUAUUACUUAUAUUAGAUUUAUAUACGAUUCGUUUGUCGAUUAGACGCAAUGUAACAAGCAUGACGCGAUCUCUCUUCGCUUGCGAAGUCCAAAUCAUAUUUUCUAAUGAAUAGAAAGGAUUGCAUCUAAUUUAAAAACGGAAACAUUAGAUCAUUGUAACGUUUGGAUUGGAAAGUGUUUCUAGGUCAUGUAUAUUUAUAAUAAAAUCUGCAUUAUCCAAAAA